UGGGGAGAAUUGUGAAUUACUGGGGGAGGGAUUUCCCUCUUCAAAUCCUUGGACGUUAACAGCCCCAGAGUUUUGAGCUGAUGCAGUAAAGGGUACAAAAAUCUAAGGGGAAUUUUAGUCUAAAAAAUUAGGCCUCUUUUGAAAGUCUCCCUUCUCUGAACGUCCCAGUGAGUCUUGCUUUCUCCAGGGCUGCCUCUGAGAUUCAGGAUGUGUCUUUGUUAGUGUUGCAAAGCACUGAGCAUGUUGUUGGCCUCCAACAACUAAGCAUAAUUUAUUACACUUACAGCACUGCCCGUUGCUAGUCCAGCAUUUCUACAGGUGGGCUCCUGCUGAGAAUACACUGGUGCUGUAACUUGCAGACAUUGGUGUUAGCUUUCUAAUUUUAGCACAUUAGCUCAGUCCGAGCUAGCGUGGGUAUAUCUCCACAAGCUGGGAAUUACACCUCCAGCUCCGUUCUGGAUGCAAAGCAAAAUCCGGGAGCUGAAUCCAAAAGGAGAGACUGUUCCAAAAUUACAGUCCAGGGCAUUGGUUGAAAAUGUCAGUGAAAAGGGGGGGAGGGGAAGAGAGGUUUGGAUUCUUGCUCUAUAAUAAGGAUAUUUUUCUAAUGUCUCAUUAUGCAGCUGCCCUUAUCUUGGCUUGUCACAAAUGAAUGAAUCUAUAGGAUUAGAGUUGAUCUGAACUAGUACGGCAGGAUUGGGAAUGUGGUCUGUUUUCCUUGCAUCUCGUUUGAAUCAGAGGGAAUGUGAAUGACUUGAGUUACCCAUUUGUUGCCUCAUUUCUACAUCUAUGCAGAUUACUCUUUGCACUGUUCCUUUUAUUAAACACAAGGGAUUGGCUGAGCCACAGAGCCCUCUGAGGCCUACCUACCUCUCUUCUUCAAUGUUUGAUGUUGCAGCUAACACUUCAUUGGAUUAUUGUGGGAUACAUUGUCCUCACUAACAUUUGGGAACAUAAGGUUGUAAUUGAAUGUCUGCCUAAGCGCUAUCAGGAAUGUUUUUGACAGCAGGAGAUGCAGUUAGUAACAUGAACCUUGUUUUGUCUUUUUAUCUGCUGCUGUAUCAGUCUCAUGCUGCAUGUUGGCUGGAACACCCCAGUCAACCACAUUUACUUAAUUUGGUGUUUCUGCAGAUUGGGAGACACCAGCAGGGAAUUUGUAAGUGGUCACAAAUGAACAGAAAUCAGUGGAGCGUUGUGCUGUGCCCACUUACGCCUGCAGAGAAUUAGAUGCAACUGCAAAUGCAGAGCUUGAUUCAACCCCCAUAGUUUAUACCAGUAUAAUGCAGCUGCAUUCACAAGAAACAUGGAAAUAAUGCUGCACUAAGUUAGGUCUAUUACCUCUUCUUAAAAUCAGGGCCCCUAACCCUGAGUAUCCCAACCUUUCGCACCCCCACGAAAUGAGAUUUAUUUGAUAAUACCUUUUGGGUUCUUUUUAUGUGCCCUUGGCAUUAUGUCCUCCCAGGGUCAGGUUUUCAAGCUUUUCCUCUGUGGCCAUGAGGGUUAGAUGUAGACUUUUUUUUUAAACUGCUAUUCUCCUAUCAUAGGACUCCCAGGUGCUGGAGCUUUCAGAAAAGCGCCAGAUAUGAGACUUAAGGGUAAAACUCAUGAGAGCUGGUAACAUUGUGGGGUUUUUUUGUUUGUUUGUUUUUGUUUUUAAGCCCUUCCCGUCCCCUCCAAUUGCAUGGUAGAUUUGAAUUUAGGAGGCAUGUGUGCGUGCAUUGUGUUUACUGAUGACUGCCCCUGGGCCUUGCUGCAUUGUGUGUGACUUCUCAGGAUUUCUGCUUCUCCUGCAGUCUCUGCCAUACUUGGUACAGCUGACAGGUCACAUGCUCGCCUGGCUGAAUAGUGCUAUUAUUGACAGGCCAUGGGAUUGAAGUUUCUUGCAAGCCCCACUAAGAGGCAAACCUUUCCAGAGUUUCUAUUUCACGCUGCUGGGAGCUCCAAGGAGGGGGAUAUCUGCUCGGAAAGGUUACACACCAUGUGCGACAGGAUGGGACGCUUUGGCCAGAGAGCUGAGCGUGGUGGGAACAGUCCUAGGGAGCGGGAGAGAGGCACAGCCAUCCACUGCAUGGUGGGUUCCUGGGGCCCUUGGAGUGAGUGCAGCUCCCUGUGUGGAGUUGGUAACAAAGAGAGAACUCGGCAAGUCACAGUCCCACCCAGAAAUGGAGGGACCCCCUGUCCAGACCUCAAGCAACGGAGAGGGUGCUUUGGGGAGAGCCCAGCGUGUGACACAGCUAAAGCGGUGGCUAAGAUUUUGCCAGAUUCCUUUAAAAGGGACUUUAAGGACCCUUGGAGAAGACCUCACAUGCUGGCGAAGGAAAAGCAGCCAAGCUACUGCGUCUAUUUCCGCCUGAAGCAGGUGGGAGCUGCCUGCCGCCUGCACUUGUGGAGCAGCCAGCUGCAGAAAGAAAGGCAGGUCUGUGUGGAGUGCCGUCGAGAUGCUGUGGGCAGCACGGAAAGAUGCGAGGGGGAUGGGCUAGAACAUCCCAGGACAUUCUGGACUGCUACCACGAUCGCUGGGUGCCAGGGCUCAUGGAUCCAGGAGUCUCUGCAAGAGAACUGUGUGUGUCCUCCACUGUCAUUUAUCUUUGUGUAGUCCUCUGUCAGACUAAGAUGACACAACUUUUUCUGGCUAUCGUGAAGGAUGAACCUUCUCUGAAGUUCUUGCUACACUUUUUACCUCUUAUCACUUUCAUUAGACUCUUACACUUCCUAUGAAAUUACAUUUUUGGCCACAUAACUAUGUAUCCUUUCAAAGCACAAGAAUGUCUUCAUUCUUUUUAACUUCAUACCUCUGAAACCUUGCUACCUACCUCCAGCACUGCGACUAGAAUAGAAGACCACUCUUUUUUUUUUUAACAUUACUUUGCAGUGUUUAUUAACAAAAGAAGAAAAUUGCAUUAGCCCUCUUUUUAAAGAUUAUUGUGCAAACAUAAAGAGAAGACACUUUGCUAGAACUUCAGCACCAAGGUUAACCAUGGAAGAACAUUGGAAUGAGGCCAAAUCUGAGCGAGGAAGUGAUGUCAUAGUUACUUGGGAUGACACGGAAUGGUGUUGUAGUUAGCUCUGGAACUGGUUCCAAAAAACCAAGUUGUUCAGUUGCUUUUUUCAGAGGAAUGUGUGAAUGAAAUAAGCAUGUUUAGGAUUAGCCAGAGUUUUUAAAAUGCUACUUUUCUUCUUGGCUAAUGAGCUUUUAAAGAUUAUUAGUGCUUUUCACUUGAUACUUGGGUGAUUCAAAGAAGGUGAUGUACUACGUGUUCCUUAAUUUCCUGGGGUAUGUCUACACAGCAGCGUUAUUUUGGAAUAACUGACAUUAUUCUGAAAUAACAUAGUGUGCGUCUACACAACAAGCCUU